AUGCCAUCCGAAAGCUCUUUAAAUAGCAGCAAAAAGAGAGUGAUUGACUGCCUGGAGAAUGAGAAGGCGACGCUCACCUUGGCCAUGACUGACAGGCUGCGGGACUAUCAGGAGCUCCUGCAGGCAAAGACCGGCCUCAGCCUGGAAGUGGCGACCUACCGGGCCUUAUUGGAAGGAGAAAGUAAUCCAGAGAUAGUGAUCUGGACUAAGGACGUUGAAAUCAUGCCACCAGACUUUAGAAACAAAUCCUGUCAAUACACUGACUCAGUGUUACAGAGGGAAAAUGAAAGAAAUCUAUUUCCAAGGCAGAAAGCACCUUUGGCAAGUUUAAAUCACAGCUCAGCGCUAUAUUCUAACCUGUCAGGACACCUUGGCUCUCGGACAACUCCAUCUAUUGGAAGUGCUGCCAGAAGAGGCUUCCUGGGCUCAGGGUAUUGUUCCUUGGCCACUGCCCAGCAGGAAAGCUCUUAUGGAAAAACUGUCAACAGUCAAACCAAUUCCAGAACUUUCUCUCCAACCUAUGGUCUUUUAAGGAAUACUGAAGCGCAAGUGAAAACAUUUCCUGAUAGACCUGAAGCUGAAGGAACAAGGGAUGUCCCCAUUUAUCUAACAAAAGAUUCCACAGUUUCCCAAGAGUCACACCGAGAACGCAGAGACCAUGUGGUGGUAGGUGCUUCUGAAAGCACUUGGUCAAAUGAGAGGACUGACAUUUGGGAAAAGAAAACAGAAGCGAAAGCCACAAGAGAGCAAGAAAGAAUUAGACCAGGAACUGCCAAAAUAAAGCAAGAAGAGAAAAUGUUUGAUUCUAAAGAGAAGGCUUCAGAGGAGAGAAACUUGAGGUGGGAAGAACUGACAAAGUUAGAUAAGGAAGCAAGAGAGAGAGAAAGCCAGCAAAUGAGGGAAAGGGCUAGAGGGAAGGAGUCCUCAGAGGAGAAACUGGUGAGAGAAAGAGAGGUACCGAUCCAUGUUGAAGUAUCCCAGGACAGAAGACCGGAGGUGUCUCUGAAAGGUUUGCAGAUGCCCGGAAAGGAUACUGGUGAUGGUACAGGUAGGGAGGCGGACACAAGAGAGGCACGGUUCAGGCUGGGUACCGGUGACACCGCCAGCUCUCUGCUAGGUGACUCCAUGACAGAAAACAUCGCAGAAAACAUUGUCACCAGUAUCCUUAAGCAGUUUACUCAGUCUCCUGAGACAGAAGCAUCUACUAAUUCUUUUCCAGACACAAAAGUCACUUAUGUGGACAGGAAAGAGCUUCCUGGGGAAAGGAAAACAAAGACUGAAAUAGUUGUGGAGUCGAAACUGACUGAAGAUAUUGAUGUUUCUGAUGAAGCUGGCCUGGACUACCUUCUAAGCAAGGAUAUUAAGGAAGUGGGGCUGAAAGGAAAAUCAGCUGAGCGGAUGAUAGGGGACAUCAUCAAUCUUGGGCUGAAAGGAAGGGAGGGGAGGGCAAAGGUUGUCAAUGUGGAGAUCGUGGAGGAACCUGUGAACUAUGUGGGUGGGGAGAGGGCAGACGAGUUUUCUGUCCCAUUCGAAGUGGAGGAGGUUGAUGAUGUUUCUCCAGGCCCCAGGGGGCUUGUUGAGGAAGAGGAAAGUUAUGAUGAAGCCGAUGUCACCUUCUCAGUGAGUCAACAACAAAGGACCAAGCAGCCCCAGGAGAUCAUCACUCAUGUUGAAGAAGUGACAGAGGCAGGUGAUUCGGAGGGAGAGCAGAGCUAUUUUGUGUCGACUCCAGAUGAGUACCCUGGGGGGCAUGACAGAGACGACGGCUCGGUGUACGGGCAGAUCCACAUUGAGGAAGAAUCCACCCUCAGGUACUCUUGGCAAGAUGAGAUUGUACAGGGGACCUGGAGGAGAAGGAAGAGGGAUGGAGCGGGAGGCGAGGAGGCUGUGAAGCCCCUGAAUAUACCAGCAGCCUCUCUGGAGGAGGACCUGAGUUCUACUCACUGGAAAGAACAAGCUAGAAGUGGUGAAUUUCAUGCUGAACCCACAGUCAUUGAAAAAGAAAUUAAAAUACCCCAUGAAUUCCACACCUCCAUCAAGGGCAUCUCUUCCAAGGAGCCCCGACGCCAGCUGGUGGAGGUCAUUGGGCAGCUGGAGGAAACACUUCCUGAGCGCAUGAAGGAAGAGCUGUCCGCCCUGACCAGAGAGGGCCAAGGCCAGCCGGGGAGCAUCUCGGUGGAUGUGAAGAAAGUCCAGGCCUCUGGUGGUGGCUCUGUGACACUAGUUGCUGAAGUCAACCUCUCACAAACGGUGGAUGCUGAUCAGUUUGACCUGGAGGGGCUGAGCAGAGAUGAAGCUAGUAAAAUGGAGAAAGCCGUGGAGUCGGUGGUGCAAGAGAGUCUGACCAAGCGACACAGCUCGGCACCCGGAAGCCCAAAUGGGGAAGACGGAGUGGAGGCCCCGGCUACUGGCAUCCGCUUCAAGCGCUGGGCCACCAGGGAACUAUACAGCUCCUCUGGCGAGAGGGAGGAUGCUGGCCAGGCCUCUCACAGCUCAGCACGGCUCACCUCCCAGGGCCCCGUGUCAGCCACCGUGGAGGUCAGCAGCCCGAGAGGCUUUGCCCAGUCUCAGGUGCUGGAGGACAUGAGCCAGUCUGUAAGGCACAUUAAACUAGGCCCCUCUGAAGUCUGGAGGACUGAGCGAGUCUCUUAUGAAGGACCCGCUGCAGGCGUGGUGGAGGUAAGUCGGGGAGGUGACCUAGGUCGGGCAGCAGGCACUGGAGCCAGCCGGUCUGUGAGAUACCUUACGUUGGGUCCUGGUCAAAGUCAAGUGUCCAGAGAAGUCUUCUUCCGAGGCUCUGACCCUGCCUGUCAGGAGGCGGGAGGCCCAGAAGAGCCUGGCCCGGCAGAGUUUUCCAUAGACACCAACAGACUGGGGAGGCGUAGCACAUUUGGCUCCAAACAAUUUCAUGCUGAAAAGGAAAUUAUUUUUCAGGGUUCCAUUUCUGCGGCAGGGAAGGUUGGUGAUUAUUUUGUAACAGAGGAGUCAGCAGGUACCCAUACUUCUGUAAGGUACCUCCAGUUAGGCCAUAAAGAAGGGCUUAGUGAGCAAGUUCACCUCACAGCCCCACUUUCAGAUGAGGUCGAGUUGGGUGACAGAGGAGGUUCUGUACACACCGAAGAGUUGCCAGUGCACAGCAUGAACAGCAGGCACACCAAUGACGGGCCUCAGGGGCACCAAAUCACCCAGCAUAUAGUUUGCCAAGGGCUGGUUUCCCCACCCAUGGAAUUUAGUGACCCAGAAAGCACUGUCCACAAAGAGGGCUCAGCAGAUGUGACCAAGGCCACUCAUACCUUGGGUAGAGAAACCUUCAUGACUGAAAAGAGCAUCUUCCAAAGGGUCAUUUCCAAAUCUCCUCGGGAGGACAAUGUGGGGGACACAUCGGGGACAUCAGGCAUCAGCAGAUCCUUUAGGCACAUUCAGCUAGAUCCUAAAGAAACUGAAACCUUUGAGCAGGUUUUCAUCCACGGCCCCGUGUCCAAAACUUUAGCACCUGCCAAUUCAGCAGACUCCCCUGAGCUGGGUGAGUUAACAGAUGGCAGUAGAAUGCUACAGCAUGUUACACUGGGGCCCAAAGAAACUUCGUUUACCUUUCAGAUGGAUGUGAGUAACGUAGAGGCCAUCCGCAGCUGGACGCAGGAAGCAGAAGCUCACAGUGGUGCCUGGAGAGACGCAGCCAGUAGGAAUGAGCAGGCCGCGGGUGUGAGCGUUAAGGCCUUUGCUGGGGAGGGACCCCAGGCUCACGGGGAACAGGGCAAGGAGCAGGCCGAGUUUGAUAAGACGGUGCAGCUGCAGAGGAUGGUAGACCAAAGGUCGGUGAUUUCGGAUGAAAAGAAAGUUGCCCUCCUCUAUCUAGACAAUGAGGAGGAGGAGAAUGAUGGGCAUUGGUUUUGAGAACAGAAAUAUUUUGUUUUAAAUGGCAUCUUAUGAGUAACAUACCAACACACAGAGGCCUUAACUUAUUUUAAGGUUG